AUGGCCACAGGCCAGGUCUCAUUCCAUAACCCCAAGCUCACACGCAAGGUCUUUGUGCCGCAACGACAGAACCCCAUUGUUAAUCGACUGAACAAGACCCGGGUUGAAAAGUUUCCCGACCUUAGAGCCGAGAAGGAAGAGUACCUGGCACAGUGCAGAAAAGAGGAGCGCAAGGCUAGGGAAGAGAAAAAGGCACUGGAGAAGAAGGAACGCAGAGAAAGGGAUGAGCUACGGUGGCAGAAGGAACACGCCUACGAUGAUCUCAUGAGCCCAGAGAGCGUCCAACAAAGCAACAACCAGGACCGAGGUGAAGACUUUCUGGAUGACUUUAUGUGA